AUAGCAGCCUCUCUCAUUAAUUUAGUGCUCAAAAAACAGUCUAAAGACAUUUUGUCAUUUUCAUUAUUUUUUCUGCCUUUCUUCCUUUCUUUCUGUAUUUUUAUCUUUCACUCAAGUGAUUAUGAUGGGCUGUGGACUUAUUUGUAUCACUCAUGAAUACUUAAAAUUAGGUCACAAUUAUAAGAAUGGUGUUCUCUGAGAAGGCAGAUUUGGAAAUAAAGAGUUCUAACAUUCCAAAACACUUUCAUGCCUAUGGUGAGUUGAACUAGAUUCGGGACUUUGUUGGGACCUCCCUCGUGGGGCGUGACUCGAAUACACAUCCCGCCUCCCCCACGCGAAGUCAGUCUGUCCCGAACGCACAAAGGCUAUUCAAAGCCCGCCCAUCUGGCGUGGCUCAAAGCGGGGGCAAUUUAUAAAACCCCCUCACGCUCAAAAAACUGCGUGUGUUUUCAUACCACAGAGCCGAGAGAGCAGAGAGGAUGCACGUUUGAAUAUUUAGCUUAAAAAGAUUUAAAAUAGAUGCGGAUCGCAUUUACUUUAGGUAUAUUUUUUACUUAAUGUAUAUCAACAUGUUGAAAAGUUACGGCAGGAAAACGGUGCUCUGCAUUGCAGGAGCGACUUUUGUCUGCCUGGUUGUACUCCUGGUAGUUGCCCAGCAGCAGCGACUACAGGUGGAUGAGACGUCCAGGGAGAGUGAAGUUGGGAUGCGCUCACUGCAGAGUCUCCGCGACUUGGGUGCAGAGUCAAGCGCGCUGACGGAUUCAGACUCGCCAGUUAUUCAGGGACAGCAGGACAGCGAUGCCAGGAAGGGAUUCUCUGCGUAUUUCUCCAAGUUGACUCGCGGUAGGAGAGAAGUGGAGAAGCCCACGCUACCAGCCAACGCAGCGACCAAUGCGCCACCCGCUGAAGACAUCAGCGCGGAUGACAUCUUCAUCGCGGUCAAAACCACGAAGAAGUUUCAUCGGUCGAGACUGGAUCUGCUUCUCGAUACAUGGAUUUCAAGAAAUCUGCAGCAGACAUACAUCUUCACGGAUGGCGAGGAUGAAGAGCUGAAGAAGAAAGUCGGGAGCCACGCCAUCAACACCAACUGCUCAGCAGCUCACAGCCGCCAAGCCCUGUCCUGCAAGAUGGCCGUGGAGUACGACAAGUUCAUCGAGUCCGGGAAAAAGUGGUUCUGUCACGUGGACGAUGACAACUAUGUGAACGUGAGGACACUGGUCAAGCUGCUGUCCAACUACCUCCACACCCAGGACAUGUACCUCGGCAAGCCCAGCCUGGACAGGCCCAUCGAGGCCACGGAGAGGCUAGGAGACAACAAGAUGAGACCUGUUAACUUUUGGUUCGCCACCGGAGGUGCAGGCUUCUGCGUGAGCCGUGGCUUGGCUCUGAAGAUGAGCCCGUGGGCGAGUGGUGGCCAUUUUAUGAACACAGCAGAGAAGAUCCGUCUCCCGGACGACUGCACCGUCGGCUACAUCAUCGAGUCCGUGCUGGGAGUCCCUUUGACCCGCAGCAACCUGUUCCACUCCCACCUGGAGAACCUGCAACAGGUGUCCAGGUCUGAACUCCAUAAACAGGUUACACUGAGCUAUGGAAUGUUUGAGAACAAGAGGAAUAUCAUCAACAUGAAAGGAGCUUUUCCGGUUGAGGAGGACCCAUCCAGGUUUAAGUCAGUGCACUGUUUCCUGUAUCCGGAUACUCCCUGGUGUCCUCCUCAGGUUGCCUACUAAGGGCGACCGGCUCCUUGAUUGGUAUCCUCGUCCCGACUCUGCCUCGGUAUCUGACAGGCAGGAGGGACCCGUGUGGUAUUGGGACCAUGCGUGUACGCUGCACGUGUGCUGCAGCGGCGCAUGGCCUCUGAUGUUCUUUUUUUAAUCUGGGCUGCUGUGCGGCCCGCCCUUUGGACACUUCCUUCCCGGCUGGUGCCUGUGCUUCCCCUCUGCCCUGACUCAGGGUCAGUGGAGUGAGGCGCAGACGCCCCCCUAUAGCGGGGAAGGCGCUUUUUAGCGUUGAAGCUUCGCAGGCAAUCAAUUGUGCUUUUUUUUGGUGUCCUAAAACAUUAAUUGCUUGUAAUUUCUCUUUUUUCUUGGUAUUUUGCAAUUCUCAUAGAAUGUACUGUUUAUGCAUAUAUCCAAGCCUCUUUGCCAGCUUCAUGUGCGUCGUUUUUUUACCCCAUUUUAUUUUUUGGAAUUCUUUUAAAUGUUUUAUUUUUACCGGACUCAGGAUUGUCCUUUUGGGUUCCGACUCAUGGAAAAGGGUCUCUGUUGUAGGGACUUGGGGAAAAGGGUCUCUGUCUUAGGGACUUGGGGAAAUUAUUUUAUACAGGGGAUGUUCAUGAAUAUUUGUUGUGGUUCUAUCAUUUCAAAAGACUCCGGACACAUAUAUUUACAUGAAGUUUAACAUUUGUGCUUUGUUGUUAAAAUGUCAGUGUUAUAGCUAAAGUUAGUUUUUCAACAUUGACUUAUAAUUUGAGCUGGCAAUAAGCAGUUUUCUAAAUGUAUCCUCAGGUUAUGUCAAUCUGAGGUAUAUUGGGACCAGGCACUUUCCCUUCCUCUAUUGGUCUAAUGCAUUGAUGGAUGCAUUGGGUUUAUGUCAAGGCUGAAAAAUGCUAAAUGUAACAUAACCCAGAAUCUCUACAUUUUCUUGUGCUAUUUAAUGCCAUUCCAUGCAUUUGAAACAAUCUUAGCAACAUAACUUAUAGAUAUACUUAGAGAUUUUGAUGUAAUGUCACGAUCCUUUGCUUUUUUUUGCUCAAAGAUAUAUUAAUGUGAAAAUUGCACAGCUUGACUGAGCUGGUUGUUGCUCCGGCGAAGCUCUUCGUUAGAAGUUGUUUACACCUCGUUAGCAGGUGAUUAACAGGGUGUGCCUUACGCAGAGCCCCGACACCUAUGCACGCUCCACAGUCUGAAAUGGAUGCAUAACUUUAUCUCAAUCAAAGGCAGCUAAAAACCUAAAGAACGCACAUGUUUAACCUAGCUGUGCCGAUUUUCUCAGUCUUUGCACAAUGUAGUCAGAUGGUCCAUAUUUGCCCUUUGGUCAUUUGAAUGGAUGUCGGCCAUGUUUUUUAAUUUCCCACUGCUCUGCUCCCUCUGAGCUUGUGGUUGGGAUUGAGAGCUUCGCUGGAGCAAUGCUGGUGACACAUGCACACAGGUUCCCUUCCUCUGUGCAAACGACCCAUAUUGGGUUUCAUUGUAUAUCUCGUUGUAAGGCAGUAAUUAUUUACUGUGAAUUGUUUAAAAAGGUUGUAUUUUGUACAUAAAUGUUUAGGUUGUGUAUGCAUUGAUUCUCUUGUCAAUUUUGCGUCAGACAUGUCUUUGACGAUUUAAAAAAAAUGAUUUUCUAAAAUGUGCUGAUAUAACUUAUAUUCCAGUAUCUGGAUUCUUCGACUGAAAUGUUUGCUUCUCAGGGAUUGUGUCCCUGGUGUUGCUACCAUUGAAUUCUCCGUGGUGCCAAACCACUUAGCUUUUUAAAUAAAGAAGCAUAAUCGCUGAGAAA